AUGGAUGGCAACAACAUGACCUCCUACAGUGACUUCACCCUCACAGGGCUUCUCAUUCAUUAUAGAGCCUCAGGCUUCCUUUUCGGUGUCCUUUGUGUCAUCUUCUUCAUGGCCAUGAUGGCCAACGGGGCCAUGAUCCUCCUGACGCACGUGGAUAUGCGCCUGCACACCCCCAUGUACUUCCUGCUCAGCCACCUCUCCCUCAUUGACAUGAUGUACAUCUCCACCAUUGUGCCCAAGAUGCUGGUCGACUACCUAAUGGGCCAGGGCACCAUCUCCUUCACCGCCUGCACAGCCCAGUACUUUCUCUACAUGGGCUUUGUGGGGGCUGAAUUCUUCCUGCUUGGGCUCAUGGCCUAUGACCGCUAUGUGGCCAUCUGCCACCCUCUGAGAUACCCUGUCCUCAUGAGCCGCCGGGUCUGUUGGCUGAUCUUGGCCAGCUCUUGGUUCGGUGGUGCUUUGGACAGCUUCCUCCUCACCCCCAUCACCAUGACUCUCCCGUUCUGUGCUUCACACAAGAUCAAUCACUUCUUCUGUGAGGCACCCACCAUGCUGAGGCUGGCCUGUGGCGACAAAGCCACCUAUGAAAUGGUGAUGUACAUGUGCUGUGUCAUGAUGCUUCUGGUCCCCUUCUCUGUGGUGACCGCUUCCUACAGCCGCAUUCUUAUCACGGUGCACCAGAUGAAGUCCGUGGAAGGGAAGAAGAAGGCCUUUGCCACCUGCUCAUCACACAUGAUGGUGGUGACAUUAUUCUACGGGGCUGCCCUAUACACAUAUAUGCUUCCCCAAUCCUACCACACCCCGAUCAAAGACAAGAUCUUCUCUGCUUUCUAUACCAUCCUCACCCCCUUAUUGAACCCUCUCAUCUAUAGCCUGAGGAACAGAGAUGUGACUGGGGCCUUUAAGAGGGUUCUGGCAAGCUGUAGAGGGGCCUGUACUGUGACAACGGAAGAAUCUUGA